AUGCGGUUCAAACCACACUUGAUCGGCGCCUCAGAACACACGCUGUCUCUGACGAACAUCAGGUCCUCAUUCUAUGAUAUCCGCUACAUUUCUGGUGCUACUGGCGACUGCCUCUGUCGGGCCGAGGAGAGAGUGACGUUCCGUAUGAGACAUCUUGAGCCCACUCAAGGCCACGUCAGCAUGAAUACUGUCUCCGGUGCUCUCAAGGUCCAUUGGGUUAGUGGGGAUCCGAGCCCGGGGAUCGUCGAGUACAAGGCUGCUGGCGAUUCCGAAUGGUCUGUGAGGCAUGCCUCUGUUACAACCUACGACUAUGAGGAUAUGUGUAAUCGGGAUGGAGAUCCGAAGACUUACUACGAUCCUGGCUUCUUCUAUACAGCGGAUUUACCAGCAUCAUUAGAAGGGGAAAUUCGUGUUCGCUUUGGUGGCAUUCAUCAUCGCUCGGAAAUCUUCACAGUCACCGCCCCCGUUCCCCCGAGCUCCGAUGAGCCCCACAGUGUCGCUCUUUUUGGCGACAUGGGGGUUCAGGGCUACUAUCGAGGGCCUGAUGCAGUAGAUGUUCCUAGCGGAAGGUGGGAUACCUACUGGGUAGUCGACCAUAUGCGGUCCAAUACAAGGUUGAGGAUGGCAGUGCACAUUGGUGAUGUGUCCUAUGCUAUGGGGUAUGCUCGUAUAUGGGACUUGUUUGGUACUGCCCUUGAAGGGGUGGCGAUGAGGAUGCCCUAUAUGGUGAGUAUUGGUAAUCACGAGUUUGAUCAUACUAGUGGAGGCUGGCAUCCUUGUUGGGGCAACUUUGGUUCGGACUCUGGUGGGGAGUGUGGUGUCCCGACUAGACACAGAUAUCAGUUCCCAUAUUGGUAUUACUCCUUCUCGUUUGGUCUCGUUCAUUAUGUCAUGCUUUCUUCUGAGCAUGACUGGACUGAAGGCAGCGAGCAAUGGGGGUGGCUCGAUGAACAACUGGCCAGCGUCGAUAGACUUGUAACUCCCUGGGUCGUCGUGACCGCCCACCGUCCCAUGUUGGUAUCGGCUUACGAUCCAUCCGAAAGAGCUGUCGAGGAGCACAUGUAUCCUGCCUUGGGACUUCUACUCAAGGAGCACCAGGUGGAUCUGUUCGUUGCAGGACAUUGGCAUUACUAUGAGAGGACACAUCCUGUUGAUGGCACGGUUCAUGUUCUCGCUGGAAGUGCUGGCGCGAUAGAGGGUAAUUUCGUGUUUAAUAACUUGCCGCGCACAGCUAUCAGAUGGCCUGACGUUCGGGGGUAUCUCGAGCUGAAGGUCACUAACGAGGCGCUAGAGGGGAUCUUUUGGGGUAUCAAUGAUACAAUGACCGAUAGGCGCAUGAUAGAGUUCGACCACUUUAGAAUCGCCGCACGGUUGAAUCCUCCUGCAGAAAGUCGUCCCGCAGGUCCUCCGGUGGUUCAGAUGAAAUAGGCAUCUAUUGGCAUUAUCUGACAUUCACACUUUUGA